UAUAACAUAUUGUUAUGGACUUUCCUAUCAAAUCAUAUUUGCCCUGAAUCCAGAAAAGCAGGUAAAUGCAGGCUUCAUAAUGCUGUGGUGCUCUCUCCUCCUACAGUCUUACCCAGGCAGGAUGGAAGGGUGGCCAUUGUGACGGGGGGGACCAGAGGGAUGGGUUAUGAGACAGCGAGACACCUGGCCAGCCUUGGCAUGCAUGUUAUCAUAGCUGGGAACGAGAAGGAGGAGGGGGCCGCCGCCGUCAGGAGGAUCAAGGAGGAAGGAUGCGAGAGGAAAGCUGAGUUUGUCUACAUAGACCUCACCUCGCUGAAGUCGGUGCGGAACUUUGCCCAGGCGUUCAAACAGCGCCGCCUCCCGCUCCACGUGCUGGUGAACAAUGCGGGGACCAUGAUGGUGCCUGAGAGGAACACGGAGGACGGCUUUGAGUUCCACUUUGAGCUCAACUACCUGGGCCACUUCCUGCUGACCAACCUGCUCCUGGACACCCUGAAGAGGUCGGGGCGGGGGGGCUCCUGCUCCAGGAUCAUCAACAUGUCCUCCGCUACUCACUACGCAGGGGUGGUGCAACUGGACGACCUAAACAGGAGGAUCUGCUACAGCUCCCAUGGGGCCUACUCGCAGAGCAAACUGGCCCUGGUCCUCUUCACCUACUACCUGCAGGAGCAGAUGAUGGCGGGGGGGUUCCCGGUGAUCGCCAACGCCGUGGACCCUGGCAUGGUGGACACGGCGCUGUACGACAACCUGUGGAGCCUCGCUCAGGCCAUGAAGAAACCUGUGGCCAAGAUCCUGUUCAGGACUCCGGCAGAGGGAGCGUCCAUCUCCGUCUACGCUGCGGCCGCCUCUGAGAUGGAGGGGGUGGGGGGGUGUUACCUCUACAACGGGGAGAAGAGGCAGUCCUCCCCCCUGUCCUACGACUCUGAGCUGCAGGCCGAGCUGUGGAAGAAGAGCUGCGAGCUGGUGGGCCUUUAGGAGGUCUGGAGAUUAUGCAGAUAAUAAUAAUAAGAGGAAGGAGAUUGAAUGAUAGUAUUAUUAUGGUUUAUACUGUGGUACGGUUCAAUGCUUGAGAUGCCAAAUGACUAACAUUUUACUGUGUAUCACCUUUAGAAUGUAUUCUAAUCAAAUGUCUAAUUUAUUGAUUAUAAUGCGCAAAAAUGGUUUACAAUGAUCACUGUGAUUCAAGCCUUUUUCCACUGGGUUUUAUUGUACAUAUUAUACCAACAGAUUGUCCAAUGAUUGUCAACCUUGUUAAUAAACAUAGAGCCUCGAAGAG